AUGGGUCAAGUUCGAAUCAAAACCGUGAAGAAGGCCGCCCGGGUCAUCUUCGAGAAACACACACACCUGGGUAAUGACUUCCACACCAACAAGCGUGUGUGCGAGGAGAUCGCCAUUAUCCCCAGCAAGAAGCUUCGGAACAAGAUAGCCAGCUAUGUCACGCACCUGAUGAAGCAGAUUCAGAGAGGUCCUCUGAGAGGUAUCUCUAUCAAAGAGAGAGAGAGAGAGAGAGAGAGAAGAGAUAAUUACGUUCUUGAGGUCUCAGCUCUAGAUCAGGUGAUCAUUGAGGUGGAUCCUGACCCUAAGGAAAUGUUGAAACGUCUGGACUUUAGCAGUCUCUCUAACCUUCAGGUCACUCAGCCUAUGGUUGGCAUGAAUUUCAAAAUGCCAAGUGGAGCUGUUUAA